GUUACAAAGAAGACCAUUUCCCUCAAUUAAUGGCUGACUCAGCAUAGCAACUAUUUUGACAUUAUCUGGAUGUAUCCACUGAUUAAGACUGCUCUGAGGUCUGUGAGAUGCAUGAAUUGUCUAGAGAAGUGACUACCGCAAGUCUAUCAUGUUGAAUCACUCCAGAAAGAGCAGCUAUGCACUGUACAGUAUGUCCAUCACCAGAACUCUCCUCCUGCUGGGACUGACACUACACUCACUAAGGGCACAGGCAUCACCCACACCACACACCACACAGGCACCAACGUACUCCCAUAAACACCUUAACCCCUAUAAACAUUUACUGCUUAACCCUCGGGUGUGCUCAAUUCACGGAGAUGCAGACGAAUCGGAGGCUGCAGAGUUAAAUCGGAAACCCAAACGCCCGAAAUGCACAGCGGAUAAAGGCUGCGAUAUUCCAUUAAACUGUCACAACUACACAACUAGUAAUGCUACACUCGGUGAAGCACAGGUAAUACAAGUGACUACCCUCGAGUUGCAGUCCAUCGUGGAGGAUGAUAAUAUCACCAACAACUGUGUGGUGGUCAUGUUCUAUGCUCCGUGGUGUGAGUACAGCGUUCAGUUUGCCAGGAGGUACAACACUAUAGGGAGGACGUUCAGAGAAAUACCUGUACUAGCCGUGGACCUCAGCGCUAACGAGCCACAUAAGUACGUGUUGGCGUACCUCCCUGUGGUGGCUCUCUAUCAUGAAGGCAGGGUAGUGCACAGGCUCUCACUCACUGACUCCUUAGAGGAUCUCACUCACACCAUUGUCAAAAUUACAAAGUUCCCCCCGGUGUCAGCCUCACUGGAGGACGGAGAGAGUGACGGACCUGUCCCAGUCGUGAGGGUUAGGAAUGAGUUGCCUCUGCUUUACUUCUCGUUUGGAUGGAUCAUCUUCGUGCUGACUGUGUUUGUAGUGAGGAGCAGUGGAAUCAGAGACUGUGUUAGCAGACUGUGGGCAGUGAGGGCAGCUUAGUGUGUUAGCAGACUGUGGGCAGUGAGGGCAGCUUAGUGUGUUAUGUGAUUAUUGCACGUGUUUGGCUUUAUACAAGUACGUGUUAGUUGUACUUUGAUGUUGGUAACAAAAUUUAAGAACAUGAA